ACGUUUCGUCUGCCAUGUUUGGUUACAAGGACGCCAAAUUAAUGUAAACAUGUGAGAAUAUGUAGUGAAAAUGCCCUUUUGUCAACUUUCAAAAUAAUGUUUGAAGCCAUCUGUAUUUGCCAAACCUUAAAAUCUCAGAAGAUUUGCAGUAAAAUAAUAGAAGAUGCCAUGUUCAUGGCAGAAAGAAGAUUACUUUUCCAUGUUGAUGUGCAACGACAAGAGGUCGUUCACAGCUCUGGAAAUGUUGGUAGACGAUCUUCAUGCAGACAAAGAGAGAACUGUUAAUACAUUUCUUUGCCAUUCAGGAUCAGAAGAUUUCCUCUGGGGCCUAGUCCGACUCCUUGGUAAUGACACGCCAAGAGUUGCUGGAAAUGCUGCAUACAUUCUGGGAACCCUGGCAGAGUCAGAAUUUGGAUGUACACGUGUGUUAUCUUUGGUACAGCAUGGUUCGAGUGAAAAAAUUCUGCAAGACCUGACACGCAUGUUAACAUUUGAUGAUUCUGAAAGUGUAAUGAAUGCAGCUGGUACAAUGGGAACUUUGGCUGAAAGUCAUGAGGGCAGAGAAUGGAUACUGAAUGAAAAAUGUCUGCCACAAACCUUAGACCAUGUAACAGCCCUGCUACACUCAGAAAAUCUCUGGACUGCAAGUAAUGCUGCAUUAGUAUUAGCCAGGUUGAGUAUAUCUGAGUAUGGUUGUACCAGAAUGUUGGAGCAUGAACACUCCCAGCAUAUAUUAUCUAAACUUAUACUGUCCCUUGGAAUAGAUGAAGCAGGUCGUGGUAUGAAUGCAGCAUUUGCAAUUGGUCGUUUGUGUGACAUGGACCAGGGUAGAAAACGUCUCCUACAGCUUACUGAUAGUGAACGUAUGAUAUCUUGUCUGGCCAAGAUGUUAAGCUGCAAUGAUACAGGUGCCAGUAAAAAUGCUUGCUUUGCACUCAGUUGCCUAGCAACAAAUAGUGAAGGUCACUCACGUUUGCUCAGCAAUAUCCAUUCAGAAGAGAUACUACGUACAUUAUCAAAUCUACUUAAUGCUGAGGAUGCAGAGACAGGCUGGUUUGCUGCAAUGACCUUAAGAACACUUGCUAGUCAGCCCAAAGGUUGUCUUCGUUUACGGGAGCAUCCCCAUGUAAUUCCUAGUCUAAAAAGUGUUGAAGUGAAAGAAGAUGUGAAUGCAGAUCUUAAAGAAGAAGCAAUAAUUACUCUAGAAAUACUCAAACGUCUCCCUAAACCUAGCCCUCCAAACAUUAUUGCAAUAUCAUGUAGUGUGAUCAAGGUCACCUGGGAUCCUGUAGUCACUAAAAGUGGUUUCCAAGUGCGAUAUCAGCUAUUUGAUGGUACAAAAUGUGUGUACACUGGAAAACAGUGUGAAUGUGAAGUGGUUGGCCUUCAGCCAAAUACCCCCUACAUCUACAAACUACGUGCCUACACAGAGGGGGAUGAGAGCCCUUUUAGUGAUGUUGUCUCCCUUAUCACUGAAGAAUCUGUUCCAGGACCACCACAGAGUGUUCGUAUUUUAGGAGCUACAAUAACUCAACUCAAGAUAGGCUGGGAUCCUCCGGCAGAGAUAAAUGGCACACUCAAAGGAUAUUAUAUAUUUGUUGAUGAUAAAGAAGUUCAGCAAUCAAUGGAUAACAGUGUAAUACUGACUGGACUCACAGCUAACACCAAUUAUGAUAUUGAGGUGUGUGCUACUACAGCAAAAGGUCGAGGAGAGAAGGCAGGUACUACAGGGACAACUUCAGAAAUCGGUGCACAUGCUCCCUCUAAGCCCCAUGUAAAUGUGAUUGGAAGGAAUGAGUUGUAUGUGUCAUGGGUUGCGCCUGAGGUACCUCUUGGACGAUUGAACAGAUAUGACGUGAUUAUGAAUGACAAGAUUAUCUACUCAGGAAAUGAUCUGAACUUACCAGUACGCAGACUGGUACCAGACACAGAAUAUAAUUUUGUGAUUGUUGCAUUGACAAGUGAGGGGAAAUUUGAGAGCAAAGCAACAAAGAAAAGAACAGCAAAAGAUGAAUAUGAUCAAGCCAGACCCCCACUUUACCAACCUCCAAAGAAGGAGAGCAAUGAAGAAGGAACAAAAACUCCAACAGGACAGCCAAGUCAGAAACGACGCAAGUCUAGUGCAACAAGAAUAUCAAGUGCUAAACAGCCUGUAAAGAGGACAGGCACAGCGAAAGAGAGAGUGAAAAGUAGCUCCAGUAUGAAUCAGGAAUCAAGGCCUGACUCAGUAGCCAGUAGUGUAUUGUCUGCUCAGGAAUCAGCACAAAUAGCACAAGUAGAAGACAAACCUCCUGAUCUACAACUGCAGCAAACAGAAGCUAACCCAGUUACCCAAAGUACAACAAACCCUUCCACAGGUUCCACAGGGAAACCUGUUGCUGAAGUGAAAUAUGAACCUCAUAAGUCAAUACCUAAGCCAAAAACCCCUCGAACUAUGACACAUCCAGAACGUACUAUACCUAGUGCUAAACCUAGGCCAGUUGCCUUAAGCACCGUGUCCAUGCAAAAUAAUAGUAAACAUUCUGAAAGCCCUGUCGCUAAUCCAAAACCUGUAGAUGCCAGUGUGACAGGAAAGAAAGUUGGAGGGAAAACAGAUAAAGACUUGCCUUCAAUAAACAGUGGCUUAAAGAUUGAAAGAUCUAAAACAACAAUAAAUGUUCGAGAAUUAGGAAAGGGAAAGUACUCUAGUGCAUCAAAAACUGGAAAUGAAAACAGACUGCAAGAUAGGGCAGACAGGGAAAGGCCAGGCUCCUUGAAAUAUACUAGUGAAAAAUCGAAAGCUAUCAUAAAUGACAGAGAUACAAAUGGUGUAACAGUUGGUAGAGAUAAUAGAACUUCAAAGUUAACAGAAAAUAGUGUUAAUUCUUAUUCAAGAGAGAAAGACAGACAUUUAACUAAUGAUACGAGGGAAAGGUCAAGUAAAGUUCGCGGGUCAUCUGACAGAAUUAGAAAUAAAGAUGCUCAAAAGGGAUCGAAAGAAGCAAACUUGCCAAAACCAGCACCUCCUAGUCAAAAAUAUCUGGAAGGUCAUGUUCAUAGUGAAUCACCAUGGGGUCAGCGGACCAUUCCAAGUCCAAGAUCCUCCAAGGAUGGUGCUAUGAUGGAUUCAGUCUGGCUGUCUCAGGUUAAAAGUGUAUCCGAGAGUUACACCCAUCCUUUUGCUCACACUAAUGCCAUAUCCAACCCUGCUGACAGCACAUACUUUAUUGAUCCCUCACAGUUUUUACACAGGACUAACACUUAUAUAUCUUCACACAGGCGUCAUCUCUUAGAGCCAUUAAAGAAGUUCAGUGAAACUAAACUCUGUGUAUUAAGUGAGGAGCGUUCACAUGUUCCACUGAGACAUGUAGAACACUUGUGUCAGAGAAGCAGACCCAUGGGAAGAAGGUCUCUAGAAAAACUGCAAAAGGCAAGCCCAGGGUUAAAAGUCCCGAUGCCCUCCAAAUCGGGCCAGUCAGUUAACUUUGACUUUGAUAUUCCUGACACUUCAUCCAAACUUGCAAACAAAUUCAUCCCAAUGCAGCUUCGUACUCAACCAUCAAAUCUUGGUAUUGGUCAACUUCAGCGUGUCAAUACUACACUGAUGGGUGAUUUAACUGGUGACAACAGUAUAUCAUUUCGUCGUGUGGAAGCUCUUACUCGUUCACAUACUCAAACAGAUUUCAAACCUCAGGCUCAGUUUCAGAUUCCUGCCGAAAACCGGAGAGACGUGGUUGUACAACAACAUAAAGACAAAGACAGGCCAACAAGAAAGAUGAGUGGAUCCCCAGGGAAGUCCCAUAAACUUGGAGGUUCUGCUUUAAGCUCCAGUCAGAGAAACAAGGAACCAGACUCUAUGUUGCUACAGCAAUCCUGGGGUCUCAACAGCUCCCCAGAUCUUGGAGCUCUUCAGAAUGUGAGAUAAUACAAUGAGAAAGAACUCCUGAUUUUGUGAUUGCUGUCUCCAUAAUAGUGCAAGGAAUAUUUGAAAAGUGCAUGCUUUAAAUGUAAUACAAGGUUGCUGAUUAAUCAGUGUUUCAGUGUGCAAUUAGAGCUUUACCAAAAUUGGUAUUUCUAGGAUUUUAAAUUAAAUUGUUUUACUAAACCUUUAGAUGCCAGUAGGACAUUUAUAAAAUAAAUUGACUAUUUUGGUGUCUGACCUGUUCUUAUAUAUCAGAGUAAAUUUUUAGAUAUUCUGUUGAAAUGAAAAAGAGGCAUUGAGGUCAUUGUAUAUUUCUGUUGGCAUUAUUAAAGAAAUAAAUCAUGGUUUAGUAGUUUAUAUUUAUGGAAAUACCAAGACCUUUGAGUGGUUUUUUGUCUGAUUUAUCAGGGUGCAUUCACCUUAGUGGUUAAAUAUCUGAGUGUCUGAAUAAUGAACCAUGGUGAAUUAGACAAGAACACCUUGGUUAUUGUCAUUCUUACAUCCUCAUUGAAACAUUUUUGAUAAAAAUUAUGCUGGAUUUCAUUUAUCCAAGUAGUCAUAAACUAGAUGUCAUGUUGCAGUUUGACGUUAUAAUGCUCCCUUACAAGUCAGGUGUCAACCUUUGUUUAUCGCAGAUAUACAUAGCUUGAUCUUUUUUUUGUUUUAUUGACAAUAAAAUCAACCCAUGUAAAAAUUGGGUAUGAAAUAUGUGGUGUGUUCAAAGUAUUAGUUUUGUUCAAAUGUUUUAGCAUUGCCCCUAUAAGGGGCUAUCAGAGAUAAAAAUAGAAAAACUUGUAAAUGACUGCUCCUUGUGAACUGUUUGAAGGAUCUUUAUUAAACUUGGUCUGUAGCAUUAUUGUAAGGUCUCCUUCCAAUGUUUUUCAAAUAAGGCACUAGAUCCUGUAAGGGGCAGACAGAGCUUAAAAUAGAAAUACCUUUAAACGACUUCUUUUCAUGAAUCGCUUGACGGAUCUGCAUCAGACUUGGUCCGUAAGAUCAUUGUAAGGUCCUCUCGAAAUUUUGUUCAAAUGGGGGAGCUUGGCCACUUUUAGGAAUGACUGGAGCUUAAAAUAGAAAUGUCCUUAAACAACUUCAUUUCAUGAACCACUUGAUGCAUAUUCAUCAAAUUUGGUCUAUAGCUUAAAUUAGGGCGCUUUGCCCCUUUUAUUGGCUAGAAGAGCUAAAAUUACAAGUACCUUUAAACAACUAAUCAUGAAUUAAACUUGACCUGUAGCAUUGUUGUGUUCAAAUGGGGCUACCCUACCUCUUACAGGGGCCACUAGAAUGAAAAAUAGAUAUACCUUUGAUUUAUUUGACAUUGUUUGAAAGAUCUUCACCAAACUUGGUCUGUAGCAUCAUUCUAAGGUCCUCUUUCAAACCAGUUUAGUGGAGGCACCUGGCCUCUAGAGGUUAUUACAGAAACACCUUUAAACAACUUUUUGCCCAUGUCUGUCUGUACUUUUUUCCAUCAGGAACACGGUUGAUCUACAGCUCAUAGUCAGAAGAUAACGCAUUUCAUUAGAGUUCAUGCAGUAAAAUACAACUCUGAUAAUUGUGGCAAACAAAAUGGUUUGUACGAAGAUGUGUUUGAAUUAAUGUUUUGAUUGAUGUAACAUGAUGAUUAAUUAUUAUGAUGGCAUUUAAAUGUUUCGUCCAUAGAUUUCAUAAUUGUCUGUUAUUCUAAACAUCUUUCGAAUGUUUAUAGAUAUUGAAUGUUUUCAUUUUUAAGCCAAAAUAUAUUUUUUUAUAGGAAAAUGUAUUUUUUCAGCUGUGAUAUUUAUUAUCAGGAAGUUCAAAUUAUGUUCCUUGAAUUUAGCUUGUUUGUAUGUGUACAUCCUUAUUCCAUAUUUUUUUUUUAAAUUUUAUUAUUCCUUAAUUUAUUCUAAUUUAAUAUGCCUAAAUGGACACAUUAUGUAGAUGGUGCAGUUGGUCUGUUUUUUCAUUUGUCCAUCCAUUUGUUUGUAAAUUUGCUUCAGCCUUUGACCAUCAAACCUGAAGUGCACUUUGUUCAUUGGCAGUGCAUUACCCUUAUUGGGUUUUAGGUCAUUGGGACAAAGAUCAAGGUCAUAGAGACUAUUAAUACAAAAAUUGUUUUAGUCAAAGGUCAUGGUCACUAUAAUGUGAUCAGAUGGACAGAUCAUAUGAUGAUUCUGGUCAUCCAUCCAUGUUUUAGUUUUUACUCGACAUUAGCUUCAGAAUUUGCACAUUGCUUGUACAUAUCCUGCUGCACACAAUGAUGCUCUUGUACAGCAUUUUGUUCAAGGUUUCAUAUGAAAGUGCAUGCCUGAAUGUGCUCCUCCAAAGGCCAUUAACAACUUUAGCUAGUUCUGCAUAUAACAAUUCUACACUAUAGAGCAAUUGCAAAAAGUCAAGAUACACUAAGAAACUGUACAGGCAGAUGGUCCAUCAUCCAUUGUCCACAAUUUACAUAAACAUCUCUGAACUUCUGGUCAGUACACUAUCCCAAACUUAGUCAGAAGCACCCUGGCAAGGUCCCCUCUCAAGGUUUUUUUUUCAAAUGGUUCCGCUUGACACCUUUUAGAGCCCACUAGAGGUAAAAACAGAAAAAACAAACUUUGAAUGACUUCUGCUCAUGAAUCCCUCAAAGGAUCUACAUCAAACUUGGUCUUUAGCAUCAUUAUGACGUCCUCUCUCAACUUCGGCACUUAACCCCUUUCUCGGGCAACUGGAGCUAAAAUAGAAAAGUCUUUACAUAACUUGUUCUCAUGAACCACUCCCUUGAUCAGUCAAAUAAUUUAAAGGCCUCCUUCAAAUUUAUUCAAAUGGGCACUCUGCUGUAUUAAAAUGUGGUGAGGACUAUAAUUAAUCCUUUUGUCCUUUUUGUCCAGUAUAUAGGUUUUUGUACCAGUACAUCUCAGUACACAAGAUUAUUGCAUAUGAAGGCUUUGUACAUACUGAAUAGGUUUAUUUAAAAAAGGACACCUGUUUGUUUCAGUGUUCAUUUGAAUAUUUAAUAUAAUUUUAUGAAUGAACAACAUAAUUAUGCAAUAUUUUUACGAGUGGCUUAGAAAUGUGCAGAUUUCUUUACAUUUAUUUAUGAUAGAGCAUAUAUCUUAUGUGUGUUGUGUUUGUAUUUAUAUACAUUUGUGUCAUUGUUGUGCCCCCCCAUGAAUGGUGGGGGCAUAUAGAUUUGAUCUUGUCUGUCCGUCCGAAGUUCGUGACCCGCCUAGCUCGAAAAGUAUUUAAUAUAAAUUGAUGAAACCUUGCAUGAGUCUUUAUCAUGAUAUGAACUUGCGCACAUCCUAUUUUUCGUCUGGCUCCGCCCC